CAAACAGGUGAGGAAAAUGAAAGUCAGAAUUCUAUGGAGCCACAGGUGAAUUCAUUGGGAAGAACAAAGAAACUGAGGAUACAACAAGAAACUCACAAAGGAGAGAAACUAUUUGAAUGUAUUGAAUGUGAAAAGAGCUUCAGUACCACUGGGAAACUUCGAAUACAUCAGCGAACUCACACAGGGGAGAAACCAUUUGAAUGUAUUGAAUGUGGAAAGAGCUUCAGUCGAAAUGAUGCACUAAGAAUACACCAACGAACUCACACAGGGGAAAAACCAUUUAAAUGUAUGGAAUGUGGAAAGAGCUACAGGGAUAGUGGAUCACUUAGAAUACACCAACGAACUCACACAGGGGAGAAACCAUUUAAAUGUAUGGAGUGCGGUAAGGGCUUCAGUCGAAGUGGAACCCUUAGAAGUCAUCUACGAAUACACACGGAGGAUAAACCAUUGAAAUGUAUUGAAUGUGGAAAGAGCUUCAGUGAAAGUGGAUCACUUAGAAUACACCAACGAAUUCACACAGGUGAGAAACCAUUUAAAUGUAUGGAGUGCGGUAAGAGCUUCAAUGAUAGUGGAUCACUUAGAAUACACCAACGUACUCACACGGGAGAGAAACCAUUUAAAUGUAUUGAAUGUGGAAAGAGCUUCAGUGAAAGUGGACAUCUUAGAAGACACCAACGAACUCACACAGGGGAGAAACCAUUUAAAUGUAUUGAAUGUGGAAAGAGCUACAGUCAAAGUGGAGGCCUUAGAAUACACCAACGAACUCACACAGGGGACAAACCAUUUAAAUGUAUGCAGUGUGGAAAGAGCUUCCAUGAAAGUGGAACACUUAGAAGACAUCAACAAACUCACACAGGGGAGAAACCAUUUGAAUGUAUUGAAUGUGGAAAAAGCUACAGUCGAAGCGGAGAACUUAGAAUACACCAACGAAUUCACACAGGGGAAAAACCAUUUAAAUGUAUGGAAUGUGGAAAGAGCUACAGUGAUAGUGGAUCACUUAGAAUACACCAACGAACUCACACAGGGGAGAAACCAUUUAAAUGUAUGCAGUGUGGAAAGAGCUUCCAUGAAAGUGGAGCACUUAGAAGACAUCAACAAACUCACACAGGGGAGAAACCAUUUGAAUGUAUUGAAUGUGGAAAAAGCUACAGUCGAAGCGGAGAACUUAGAAUACACCAACGAACUCACACAGGGGAAAAACCAUUUAAAUGUAUGGAAUGUGGAAAGAGCUACAGGGAUAGUGGAUCACUUAGAAUACACCAACGAACUCACACAGGGGAGAAACCAUUUAAAUGUAUGCAGUGUGGAAAGAGCUUCCAUGAAAGUGGAGCACUUAGAAUACAUCAGCGAACUCACACAGGGGAGAAACCAUUUGAAUGUGUGGAUUGUGGAAAGAGCUUCAGUCGAAGUGGGACACUUAGAAGACAUCAACGAACUCACACAGGGGAGAAACCAUUUAAAUGUAUUGAAUGUGGAAAGAGCUACAGUCGAAGUGGAGAACUUAGAAUACACCAACAAACUCACACAGGGGAAAAACCAUUUAAGUGUAUGGAAUGUGGAAAGAGCUACAGGGAUAGUGGAUCACUUAGAAUACACCAACGAACUCACACAGGGGAGAAACCAUUUAAAUGUAUGCAGUGUGGACAGAGCUUCAGUCGAAGUGGGACACUUAGAAGACAUCAACGAACUCACACGGGGGAGAAAUCAAUUAAAUGUAUUGAAUAUGGAAAGAGCUACAGCCAAUAUGGAGCACUUAGAAGACAUCAACGAACUCAUACAGGGCAAAAACCACAGAUACACUUGGAGAAAUCUGACUCCCAAACAGGUGAGGAAGAUGAAGGUCAGAAUUCUAUGGAGCCACCUGUCAAUUCAUUGGGAAGAACAAAGAAACUGAGGAUACAACAACAAACUCACAAAGGAGAGAAACUAUUUGAAUGUUUUGAAUGUGGAAAGAGCUUCAGUGAAAGUGGAAAACUUAGAAGACACCAACGAACUCACACGGGGGAGAAACCAUUUAAAUGUACUGUAUGUGGAAAGAGCUUCAGUGAUAGUGGAUCACUUAGAAUACACCAACGAACUCACACAGGGGAAAAACCAUAUAAAUGUAUUGAAUGUGGAAAGAGCUACAGUCAAAAUGGAUACCUUAGAAUACAUCAACGAAUUCACACGGGGGAGAAACCAUUUAAAUGUAUUGAAUGUGGAAAGAGUUUCAGCAAAAGUGGAGUACUUAGAGUACACCAACAAACUCACACAGGGGAGAAACCAUAUAAAUGUAUUGAAUGUGGAAAGAGCUACAGUGAAAAUGGAUACCUUAGAAUACAUCAACGAACUCACACCGGGGAGAAACCAUUUAAAUGUAUUGAAUGUGGAAAGAGUUUCAGCAAAAGUGGACACCUUAGAACACACCAACGGAUUCAUACAGGGGAGAGACCAUUUAAAUGUAUUGAAUGUGGAAAGAGUUUCAGUGAAAGUGGAUCACUUAGAAUACACCAACGAACUCACACAGGGGAGAAACCAUUUCAAUGUAUGGAUUGUGGAAAGAGCUACAGUCAAAAUGGAGCACUUAGAAGACACCAACGAACUCACACGGGGGAGAAACCAUUUGAAUGUGUGGAUUGUGGAAAGAGCUUCAGUCGAAGUGGGACACUUAGAACAGUACAUCAACAAACUCACACUGGGGAGAAACCAUUUAAAUGUAUUGAAUGUGGAAAGAGCUUCAGGCAAUAUGGAGUCCUUAGAAGACAUCAACGAACUAACACUGGGGAGAAACCAUUUAAAUGUAUUGAAUGUGGAAAAAGCUUCGGUAAGAAUGGAGCACUUAGAGUACACCAACGAACUCACACAGGGGAGAAACCAUUUAAAUGUAUUGAAUGUGGAAAGAGUUUCAGCGAAAGUGGAGCACUUAGAAUACAUCAACGAACUCACACAGGUGAGAAACCAUUUAAAUGUAUUGAAUGUGGAAAGAGCUUCAGUCAAAGUGGGGCACUUAGAAUACAUCAACGAACUCACACAGGGGAGAAACCAUUUAAAUGUAUCGAAUGUGGAAAGAGC